CGGGACAGCCGAUUGUGUUCGUUGGCACGGGACAAACUUACACCGACUUAAAGGCUCUGAACCCGGAGGCGGUUGUGAGGGCUCUGAUGAAGUGAGGACAUGGAUACUUUUUUUUGUAUUGGGACGUGGCUUUCUUUGUAUUUGGUUCAAAAUAACAUGGGCAUUGAAUUGUAAUUCCUUAUUAAAUUCACUUCUCGCUUAAUUUGUUAGUAUCCGAAAGAUACCUGAAUACAGAAUAAAAGUUAAGGUAAGUUCAUAUGAUCCUCCUCAUUAACCUUAAUCAAUAUACUUAAAUAAAUAUCAAUAUACUUAAAUAGAUCUUAAAUGAAUAGCUCCUCCAUCAAAAGCUACGCCCAAGCCUUUUUAUCGAAAAUAACACCAAUAUUAGUAAAACAUAAAUCAAGUCUAAAUGUGCCUAUAUUGUGUUGUCAAUAAAAGCGUGCUAUUUUGCACUUAUUCCAAUCGUUAUUUUCAUGAAUAAAUUACAUGUUUAAUGAUUAUGUUGUUGUGUUAAAUAAAUUGUUUAUUUUCAUACAUUUUUUUUUCUAUUUUCAUUAUUACAGGGAUUUUUCUUAAGUUAAAUCUAUUAUUAUUAAUUAAUAGUUCAAAUGUUUACAGAAAUAUAUUGAUAAUUAAAUCAUUCAGAUUGUAUAUUGAUCCGUAUUUUUUAUAAAUAAAUUGGGACUUUGAUGUCAACUUGUUUAUUGCUUUUACAUAAUUAUAACUUUGGAAUUAAUUGUUAUUUAUCAGUAGCUCACAGUAAUAUUAAAAUACAAUUAGUGUACUGUAUUAUCAGAAAAAUACUUAUGUUAUUCUGAUUCAAACGAAAAUAAUUUUUAUGUAAUUAUAAAAGUAGAUUUAAUUUUCAGUGCCUUGACCUGAAUGAAACGAAAGAAAUCGAAAGCUUAGUAAUUAUGUGAAUACGAGCACUGCCCGAUGCCUUUUCUCGUAUGAUAAUACAUUUUUGUAAGCAAGUACUCUAGGAGCCAGUAAUAUUUUAGACCGGUUAUUUAAUAAAACAACUAUCGCAUAUCAAUCGUAUUUAAUUAACGCUAUAAAUUAUUAUAUGUGAUUUUAUCCCAAAUUAAAUUAAUUGUUGAGGUAAGAAAUAAAACACAGUUGAUGGGUUUCUUAAAAUUAUAUAAUAAUUUUCGCUAUCGAUUCUAAAUUCCUUCACCGAUUAUCUUAAACUAUAUAGUUCUUAAAAAUAUUCAUACUGUAUCAUUCCUGGUAUAUAAACUAUACUAAUAUAAUCUUAAUAAAACUGGCGAUACAAAUAAUAAUUAGCACGCGGUCAUAAAAAAUGCAAAACUCGUACUGCUAUCGCUUAACUGCUCUAUGAGAGGCUCGAUGUUUUCGAUGUGGUGAGGUUGUUCUUCAUAAGUCCGUAAAAGUCCACUGCUGAGGCCCAUACCUAUUGUUUGAGGAGGAAUCGCCUCACUUGGCACUCCUUGCACUGCCAAGUUUUUGCUCAGUAUUUUACGUCUGACUUAACCCAGAUACUGCGACGGGGCUUUUAAAAGACCCGAAAAAAUUAUUACAAAUACCCUCAAGUUUCGAGUUGUUAAAAUGAAUUCUCUAAGAUAUUUGCACUGUCAGGUUACUUAGUACCUAUCCGUGUAUGAUUUCAUGUGGUGUUGUUUACAACUGGACACUUGUUUAUUUAAAGUUUUUGUGUCAUUGAAGACUUAGGAGUAUUAGUGUCAUGAUGUCUGGACAAAGGUAAGCUUUUAUCAUUUAUAUAUCUGGAUGUUGUUGCUAAUACAUUUUGAUAUUUAAUUUUAGAAAUAUUAUCUACAAUAUCAGGUUAUCUAUUUGUUUUGGUGCAACAAAAACUCAUUCCUUUUUCACGUUUCAAAUUGAUGGCCUUUUAAAAGUCCCGUCGCAAUAUGGGAGUCUAUAAUAUUAUUGUUUUCUUUUUAGCACGCGACCUUUGAGAGCACUCACUCUCAACGAUAUAGUUGAUGAAUUAGAGCGAUGUGAGGAUGAUGAUUUGUUGCCAACUCAAAUUACAAUUUUUCCACCUGAGAACGCUAAUGCCGACGUCACAGAUGAGGAUUCUGGAGAUGAAGAAUUUGUUGCAUUGCAAAAUCUACCAGGCUCCCAACUACGAGCUCCAGCCGAGGUCACUUUUCAUAUGAGUUCCGACGAAGAAGAUGAUGUACUUUUGUCAAGUUUGUCAAAAAGAAGACGCACGAUGGAUUUGACUUUAGAAGAUAGUGACGCCGUACCUUCUUGUACUUCAGAUGUGUCAACUAAUUCUACAUUUGUUCAGCCUACAGUUCCCCGAAACCAAACCUAUAGAUGGAAGAAUCGUCAUAUUCCAAACCAUUUCAAUCAAUGGAAUGACGAACAAGGUCCAAAAAACUUACAAUCACCCUUAUAUUAUUUCGACUGCUUGUUCAACAACAAUGUUAUUGAAUUACUAGUGCGAUAUACCAAUUUGUAUGCAGGACAGAGGAAUAAAGUAGGCAAAGUAACUGUUUCUGAAAUGAAGUGUUUCUUGGGCAUCCUUAUGUACAGCGGGUAUGUAGUAGUACCCCGUAGGUUUAUGUAUUGGGAGACAUCGACAGAUGCCGACUUUAGGAUUGUGCACAACGCUAUGUCAAGAGAUCGUUUUACUUUUAUUAUGUCAAAUCUCCACUGCUGUGAUAAUACAGUUCUUGGUGAUUCUCCUGACAAAUUCGCUAAGUUGAGACCUCUGUUUGACGAGUUAAAUAAAAUCUUUACUGAAAUGGCUCCGCUAGAAGAGAACUACAGCAUAGAUGAGGCUAUGGUUCCAUACUAUGGACGUCACAGUUGCAAACAGUUUAUACGUGGCAAACCAAUUCGUUGGGGGUAUAAACUGUGGGUUGGUGCUACAAGAUUAGGCUACGUGAUUUGGUUUGAUCCUUACCAGGGAAAAUCUUCAACCAUUGCAGAAGGUUACAAACAGUUUGGUCUAGGUGGGAGUGUGAUUUUGGAGUUUGCUGAUGUUCUACAAGGUCGUGAUCCAACAUUGCCAUUUCAUUUAUUCUUCGACAAUUAUUUUUCCUCUAUUCCUCUACUGCAUGAACUUAGUAAUAGAGGUCUAAGAGCCACUGGAACUAUUCGUGAAAACAGAACGUCCAAGUGUCCUCUCGAGUCUAACAAAGAUUUCAAAAAUACUGAUAGAGGUUCAUUUGUAUUCAAAUCCAGUUUGCCUACCAAUAUUUUGGUUUGCAAGUGGAAUGACAAUAGUGUCGUUACUGUUGCAUCGAAUACUGAAACUGUGGAGCCCCUGCAAAAAGUCAAGAGAUUUUCGCAAGAACUAAAAAGAUUUGUACAUAUUGACCAACCGUCGGUUAU